UUUGGCGUAUUAUCGACAAGCGGGCAGGCGGAAAAUUUGGAAUGUUUAAGCCCAGUUAUACCUGGAAGGUAUUGGUAUUUCGGUAUCUGCUAGGGCAGGUGUCCUUCAGAUCUAAUCGCAUUUGUCCUCAAGUCACGUCGAAGAAAACUGCUAUCUAAAAAGGUUUCCCGUUUCCGUGGUUGAACAGGAAGCAUAAUGCGCCUAAAAAGUACGCAGUUAAUCCCAAUCAUGUUGACACAGAGGAUGCCAGUUCCAGUCUAAUGCGUUCUGCGGUCUCACAACUGUCUCUCAGUGAUUAUUCACCACAGUGGCCCAAGAAUCUCAAAACUUUUCGCAAAACCCCACCUGUGCCCCCCACCCAUUUGCACCCACAGAUCCACUACUACGAAGAGAUCCCAUACAAAGACGUAUUUCCAAGUUGCGAGUCGCUGAAUAACAACAACUAUCUCAAUAACAACAAUGUUAUUCCUAGCGAUUCCAACAGUGUGAUGUACCGUAGUGUGUCCACUUCGGCUCUUUUUGACGAUCCUAAGGAGAUCUUCAGAAGUGUGGAGAUUGACGUAACGACCAACUAUAACAAUAACAAUGAGAACGGGACUACUUUCGUGGCGGCGCCCCCCUUAGAGUGCUAUCUAAAAGGAACUUCGAGCUGCGAGGAUCUCAUCGAUCCGUGCGAGGGCGCACCAGAGGGCGAUAGCUGCGGCCAGAAAACCGCAGUUUCGCAGGAGCUAGGGACCGUGCUGGAGGAAGAGGUUUUUCUUGAGAGGGGAGUGUCGGUAGAUUUUGACCGGCACCCUUCCAAUGCCAAUGGUGACACUGAAAGUUUGGCCAGCUCUAUACAACAUAGAUCGGAUGAGUCCGGUUAUGAGAGCGAUGGCACAAAAAACGGCAAUGACGAAAAUGCCAUUGCCAUUCAGGACGAUUCUUCGCCGAAGGAAUUGGUGAAUCACAUUAAAUCCCCCGAUUCCAAUGUUCAAAAAUUUACUGCCCUUUUCCAAAGACUGACGAGCAGUUCAAAUUUUGCGGACUCGAAUAAGAAAGAUGAACCAAACAGUUUUGGUAGUAAAUCAAAUUCUAAAUCGUACGAAGCGCGAAGUCUUAGAUUGCGCACACCAGCCAUGCUUUCUAAUUUCGUCCAAAGACAUGCCGGCAAAGAACACAUUUCGUCGUCCUCCUCCACGGCGGCGCCGACGUCAAAAACGACGAAAGUGUCAUCUUCAGCUAAGUCCUCCCCUACAGAGGAGUCUAAAAAAGAAGUUCGAAACGGAGCUUCUAAGUUAGGUCAGUUCAAAGCAUGGACACUGGACAGAAAACUGUUACGAAGUAGGUGGAAGAAAUCACUUCCAGAAGACAAAUUAGACAUUUCCAUGCCCUCGCGUAGAAGUAGCAUUUUUCAAUCAUCAUUAUUUCCAAAUUCCACCGAAGAUUCACCAAUUACGCCUCAUCUUGAAACAAAAUCAUUGCCAUCCUUGUCAUCUGUUAGUAGUUGUAGUAGUACAGAACUCUUGUGCGAAUCGCCCAUAAACAGUGACUGUUCCGUGUCUAGUUGUGGUGGUUUGAACUAUCAACUCAGGUUAAAAAAAGCAGCGUACAAAAGUGCGUCUUCUUCCAACAAUGCUAGAAGACGUUUGUGGUUACAGUCACAACUGUCAACUUCUGACAGUGAAGACGUUCUUUCUCCAGAACCUGUAAGUGCAAAUAAAAGUUUUGUUACAUCGCCGACGAAUGGCAGUAAGGAACCGUAUCGUAGACUACCUUCCCAAUUGGACUUACAUGAACUAGUAUCAGUUGAUCUCAAAAAAGAUGAACAUGGUGAACUAGGUAUUUAUAUUACUGGAUGUACUGAUUCUGAAAAGAAUGUGAUGGGUUAUAUUAUUAUGGACUUAGAGAAAGGUGGACCAGCCGAAAAGAGCGGUAAACUACUUAAAGGCGAUGAACUUUUAAUUGUAAAUGGACAAAAGUUACAAGGAGUUAGUUUAGAACAAGCAAGGCGACUGCUACGUGUACCUGAAGAAGAAAUGCAUUUACUUUUAGCGCGAGAGCUUACUGAAGACCUCUGCUUUAAAGAAGAUUCCUCAAGACUUCAAGCAACUCUACCACCAGUGCCAGAACUACACGAGUCACACAACGUACAAUCUUCCAAUGCCAUUCCAAGGCUAAGGCAUUGGCAGUCAGAUGCUGGGAAGUAUUGCUCAGGCGAUAAUAGGCAUUCUAAUCCAGAUUUACCUCCAAAGCCAAAGAUAGACAAUGAACGCAUGGGCAGUAAUGGUAUCUGCACAUUGCCUAGGCGGCCUAAAUCCUCCCAACUUUCGCUACAUACAGUAGUAUUUGAGAAAGGACCAGGCCGCAAAAGUUUAGGAUUCAGUAUUGUUGGUGGUAAAGAUUCUCCAAAAGGCGAACUUGGUUUCUAUGUAAAAACUAUCUUUACAAAUGGCCAGGCAGCUGAAACUGGAUCUCUUAGAGAAGGAGAUGAAAUUUAUACGCUUAAUGGUCAACCAUUACAAGGCCUUUCACAUUCAGAAGCCAUAGCAGCCUUUAAGAAAAUUAAACAAGGUCCAGUAGUGUUACACAUUGGGAGACGUUCCAACAAAAAAAGUUCAUGCCUAUCCGAGUCCAGUAGUAAGCUAGAAAGCAACAAUUCUAAGUCAUGUAGUACGCUAGAUAAUAUCUAGCUAAAGCUCUGUGCCUUUUACUUUGUUAGAAACUUUUUGCAAUUUUGUAGUUUUACAUUUUGUUUGUUAUUGAAAAUAUACAUUGUAAAUAAAGUAUGAAUUUCAGUCUUUAAA